GAGCGUGGGGCUUCAAGGAUGGAGUGCUGCACAACUCCAUUUGGUUAGUGAUAGCUCCAAAUGGCCACAUCUCCCAGAUUAUCCUAAAUAUGAGAGAGACCUAAACAAAACCACCGUUCAGAUUAGAUAUGCACGUUGGUUCCGAGACAGAUUUCCACACAUAUGGCACCAGACAAGUGCAACAUGAAGAGAUUAUAAAACUUGUGGCAGCGCUGGCAGUUUCUAGGUUUCCCUGGAAAGCUGCUUUUUAUCAUAUUUGCAACGGCAGAGAAAAAAACACGAAGGAAAUGUAUGAAUUUUGUGUGCAGCAGAAAUGUCAGCCAGCGAUUGUUCUGGUCCUGCCCUCGGUGACACACGCUCAGAUAUUUUUACUUCGCAUUUUUCUCCCCUUUCAUUCCCGCCUCUCCUCGAUCCAAGUAGCUCUGAUUUAACUUCUCUGGAGACUCGAAACAAAGCUCUGAUUCAUCUUCCAAAGGCGCUUCAAGUGGCAGCCAGAGGGAUGCUGUGAUAGCGAUCCAGAAGGAGCUUCCCCGGAGUCAGGCGGGAUACAGAGCCCCGGGGAUGCUGACAGCCGGCGUUCCCAUAACGACUGCCCUCGGAGUCAUCCCAGGGGAGUCCUGCCCAGCCUCUUGUUGACCUGCUGUUGUUCAAAAAUUCUCCAAGCUCUGUUGUUAAAAACUUCUCCCAAACAAACCCAACCUUUGGGUUUCUCGAAAAGCUUUGGGUCGGGAGGGACGUGUUUUCCCGGCGCUUCCCGAGCGGCACAGCUGCCAGCGGGACGCUCGGUUCCUCUUCCCGCCUGGAAGGAGAGGUGGAGCCCAACGUUGAGGUCUCGCUGCUGGAGGUGGGAGGGCUGAGGUCUGACGCUGAAUCCAUGUCCUGCCUCGUUCCCACAGAGCGGGCGGCUGGGGUGUACCACCGGGAAUCCCGCUCCGGGAAGUACCAGCUCACCUACGCCGAGGCCAAGGCCGUGUGCGAGUACGAGGGAGGACACCUGGCCACGUACCAGCAGCUGGAGGCGGCCCGGAAAAUAGGUUUCCACGUGUGUGCUGCUGGCUGGAUGGCCAAGGGCAGGGUUGGUUAUCCCAUCGUAAAAGCCGGAGCCAACUGUGGCUUUGGAAGGACUGGAAUUGUUGACUACGGGAUUCGCCUCAACCGGAGCGAGAGGUGGGACGCCUACUGCUACAACCCCAACGGAAAGGAGUGUGGUGGAGUCUUCACAGAUUCCAGGCAUGUUUUUAAGUCACCAGGGUACCCAAAUGAGUAUGAAAACGAGCAGAUUUGCUACUGGCACAUCAGAGUCAAGUAUGGGCAGAGGAUCCACCUGCAGUUCCUGGAGUUUGACGUGGAAGAUGACGUCGCUUGUAUGGCAGAUUUCUUGGAAGUCUAUGACAGCUACGAUGAUGUCAAUGGCUUUGUGGGCAGGUUUUGUGGAGAUGAGUUGCCAGAUGACAUCAUCAGCACAGGCAACGUGAUGACCUUGAAGUUUUUGACAGAUGCCUCAGUCACUGCUGGUGGGUUUCAGAUCAGAUACACUACCAUGGACACGCCUUCCAAGGCAGGGGAUGGAAGGAAUGCAACAUCCCAAGGAAAAACAAACUACUUAUCCGGAAAAUUCGGUGUCAUGUGAGCAGAGGAACCAGAUACACUCGUUAAGAACCCUGUCCUAGAAUGAACCCAAUGCAGAUAUCUGUGUCUUCAGAUAAGACAUUUUGUUCAUCUCUUCCUGACUUUUUAUUUUCAGCUUUUCUACGAGUUUUGUUAAUAAACUACCCUAGGAAAUAAAUUAUAAAAUACACUUACAUGAAUAAUACAAAACUAUUUUUAGGAUACAAGUACUGUAAAAAUCUGUUACCAUAGAUUUUAAAAUUAUUUUUGUAUAUAAACUGCUCCUUCCCCUCAUUUCUUGUCCUGUUUGAUCAAAGUUUUUGUGUGACUGUUUCAACUAUUUUAAAAUUUAAUAGGCUGUUCUCUCCUUAUUUUUCUUGACUUCUACAUAUUUAUUUUUUAGACUGUUGCUUUGUUUUUUUUCCUGUUCUCCACACACAACUAUUCAUUUAAUUAACCGAUUUUCUUGAACUCUAAGGGCCUUUAGAAUAAGCUUAUUUUUAAGACACAUAAAUUCAUUUUAUGGACACUGUUGAGAUGUUGGAUAUUGUUUACAUGGGUUUAAGACUGUUCUGUUUUAAAUUGAUGAACUUAAAUCAUUCUCUACAUGUUUUUAACUUCAGUCUGAAGCAGCAUUAAAGCUACCUCUGUUUUAA